GCACAUUUCAUUUACUGGCAGCAAAUCUAAAACAGAAAGUAAGUACUCUGUUUUUUCCCCUGUUCUAAGCUUCUUUCCUUACCUUUACUCUGUUUUCAUCAGAUGGUUGAAGUAGAAAGAGUCGAGAAUUUAGCAAAUAGCGGAAUCAAAUCGAUCCCAAAAGAAUACAUCCGUCCAAAAGAAGAGCUGGAGAGCAUCAACGACGUUUUCCAAGAAGAGAAGAAAGAAGACGGCCCUCAAGUCCCCACCAUCGACUUACAAAACAUCGAGUCUGAAGACGAAACAAUCCGUGAGCAAUGCAUAGAGGAGCUCAAGAAGGCUGCUAUGGACUGGGGAGUGAUGCAUCUGAUCAACCACGGCGUACCGGUUGACCUGAUGGAGCGUGUGAAGAAAGCAGGAGAAGAGUUCUUCGGUUUGCCCGUGGAGGAGAAGGAGAAGUACGCAAAUGAUCAAGCCACAGGAAAGAUCCAAGGGUAUGGAAGUAAAUUAGCUAACAACGCGAGUGGACAGCUAGAGUGGGAAGACUACUUCUUCCAUCUUGUUUAUCCUGAAGACAAGAGAGAUCUCUCACUUUGGCCCAAGACACCAAGUGAUUACGUAGAAGCCACGAGUGAGUACGCUAAGUAUCUUCGUUUGCUAGCAACAAAAGUCUUCAAGGCUCUCUCUGUCGGUCUCGGCUUAGAGCCUGACCGUCUAGAGAAAGAAGUUGGCGGUUUAGAAGAACUUCUCCUCCAAAUGAAGAUAAACUAUUACCCGAAAUGCCCUCAGCCUGAGCUAGCACUUGGCGUGGAAGCUCACACAGAUGUAAGCGCUUUGACCUUCAUUCUACACAACAUGGUUCCGGGGUUGCAGCUUUUCUACGAGGGCAAAUGGGUCAUCGCAAAAUGUGUUCCUGAUUCCAUUGUGAUGCACAUUGGCGAUACGUUGGAGAUUCUUAGUAAUGGCAAGUUUAAGAGUAUACUUCACCGUGGGUUGGUGAAUAAGGAGAAGGUUAGGAUCUCUUGGGCUGUGUUUUGUGAGCCACCCAAGGAUAAGAUCGUUCUUAAGCCGUUGCCGGAGAUGGUGAGUGCUGAGACUCCGGCUAAGUUUCCUCCAAGGACAUUUGCUCAACAUAUUGAGCAUAAGUUGUUUAGAAGGAACGAACAAGAGGAGUUGGUGCCUGAGACAAAAGAUUGAGUCUGUAUAUAUAAUACUCUGUGUAUGUCUUUAUCCAGCGUUUGAUGUGUACAUCUAAUUAAAGAUUUGAAGGCAUAUAUAUGUCUAAAGAUUGUGUAAUUAAUAUAUGUGUUAGUAAAACCGAGAAACACAUGAAGAUAUAUGAACCACAUGUUGUAUUAAGAGCUUGAAAGUAUUUUCUGAUUUACAUUUAUGUUUUUUA